UGUUCUAUGUUUUGUCUCUGAACUGUGAAUUCUGAGGCCGGCCGGCCACCUCCGUAGGAGUGUUGAAGGAGGACAGACGUGUCCUGAACCUUCACACCCCAGCCCCGAGGGACGCCUCGGUGGUGUUUGUAGGGGAGAACUGACAAGUUCGUCAGACUCCCCAAAUCCGUAGGCAGGCCUCCCCUGCCAUCUGAAUCUGAAUACUGGCCGCGGCUCCUUGGUUGUUGUCUAGUCUGUGUUGUCUGGUCUGUGUCAACAUUGUAGUCAUCUUUGUGUAUGUGUAUGUAAGUGUGCUGGUGUGGACGCGUGGACAGGACAGGACGACACAGCCAUGGGACAGACAUUGACUACUCCUCUAACUUUGACUCUGACUCAUUUCUCGGACGUCCAAGCAAGAGCUCACAAUCUUUCCCUUGAGGUUCGGAAAGGUCGAUGGCGAACUUAUUGUUCAUCAGAGUGGCCCACCCUAUCCGUAGGGUGGCCCCGGGACGGGACUUUUGACCUCUCUAUUAUAUUACAGGUUAAGACGAAGGUAAUGGAUCCCGGACCACAAGGUCAUCCAGAUCAAGUAGCCUAUAUCCUCACUUGGGAGGAUCUCAUUCGGAAUCCUCCGGCAUGGGUGAAACCCUUCCUCCCUUCCUGCCCCCUAUCUCAAUCUACCCUUCUUCCCCUGAAAACCUCAAAAGACCGUGCCUCAACCCAAGCUUCAGACCCGCCCAAACCAGUUCUUCCUGAUGAGUCCCAAAAGGACCCUCUUCUCCUAGACGCUUUGUCCUCGCCGCCCCACAACCCCCUCUUACAGCCUCCACCCUAUAAUCCGCCCCUGGCCCCCGCCUUGACCCCGGUGGCCCCUACUUCCCCUCCUGCCUCCAGUUCCUCCUCCCCCUCCCCAAUUUCUUCCCCCGCCUCCGUCUCCGGCGAUCAGACGACCCGAACGGCCCUCCCACUUGGCAAUCUUCCCUGUUUCCUCUCCGGACUGUCAACCGGACUAUCCAGUAUUGGCCAUUUUCUGCAUCUGAUCUUUACUCAUAACCCUUCCUUUUCCCAAGAACCCCAGGCCCUAACCUCACUGAUAGAAUCUAUCUUCCUCACACACCAGCCCACCUGGGACGACUGCCAGCAGCUCCUACAGGUCCUUUUGACUACAGAGGAAAGGCAACGAGUUCUCCUGGAGGCCCGGAAAAAUGUGCCGGGGCCUGGAGGCUUUCCAACCCAGCUCCCCAACGAAAUAGAUGAGGGGUUUCCCCUCACCCGCCCGGACUGGGACUAUGAAACGGCUCCAGGUAGGGAGAGUCUCCGAAUCUAUCGCCAGGCUCUGUUGGCGGGUCUCAAGGGGGCAGGGAAACGGCCCACCAAUUUGGCCAAGGUAAGGACCAUAAUUCAAGGAAAAGAGGAAAGCCCCGCAGCCUUUAUGGAACGGCUUCUAGAGGGGUUUCGGAUGUAUACUCCAUUUAACCCCGAAGCUCCAGAACAUAAGGCUACAGUGGCCAUGUCGUUCAUAGAUCAGGCAGCAUCCAAUAUAAAAGGAAAACUCCAAAGGUUGGAUGGGAUCCAAACCUAUGAGUUACAGGAACUAGUUAGGGAGGCAGAAAAGGUAUAUAACAAGAGGGAGACUCCAGAGGAAAAGGAGGCUAGGCUAGCAAAAGAGCAGGAAGCACGGGAGGAACGAAGAGAUCGAAAGAGAGAUAAACAUCUAACAAAAAUCCUGGCAGCUGUAGUGACAGAAAAUAGAACAGGAAAGUCAGGGGAAACGAAGAGGCGGCCCAAAAUAGAAAAAGACCAAUGUGCCUAUUGCAAAGAGCGCGGGCACUGAAUCAAAGACUGCCCUAAGCGCCCUAGAGACUCAAAGAAAUCUACCCCCGUACUCACCUUGGGCGAAGAGAGCGAGUAGGGACGUCAGGGCUCUGAGCCCCCCCCCGAGCCCCGGCUAACUUUAUCUGUAGGGGGGCAUCCCACCACCUUCCUGGUGGACACAGGAGCUCAGCACUCGGUCCUAACCAAGGCAAACGGGCCUCUGUCCUCUCGUACCUCUUGGGUUCAAGGAGCGACAGGAAGAAAAAUUCACAAAUGGACUAACUACCGUACGGUUGAUUUAGGGCAAGGGACAGUGACACACUCUUUUCUGGUAGUACCCGAAUGCCCAUACCCCCUUUUAGGACGAGACCUCCUAACCAAGCUUGGAGUUCAGAUCCAUUUCUCCAAAGCGGGGGCCCAAGUGCUAAACCGGGAUGGCCAGCCUAUCCAAGUCUUAACUGUGUCCUUACAAGACGAACACAGACUUUUUGAAACCCCGGUCACCACUAACCUCCUCGAAGCCUGGCUGCAGGACUUUCCCCAGGCCUGGGCAGAAACGGGAGGGCUCGGUCGAGCCAAAUGCCAGGCCCCAAUCAUAAUUGACCUAAAGCCCACGGCAAUGCCUGUGUCUAUCAGGCAAUAUCCCAUGAGCAAGGAAGCUCAUAUGGGCAUUCAGCCACACAUUACCAGAUUUCUAGAGCUUGGGGUCCUGCGACCUUGCCGCUCACCUUGGAAUACCCCUCUCUUACCAGUGAGAAAACCUGGUACUCGGGACUACAGGCCUGUCCAAGACUUAAGGGAGGUCAACAAAAGGACUAUGGAUAUCCAUCCUACGGUCCCCAAUCCCUAUAACUUGCUCAGCACCCUGAGCCCAGACCGUACCUGGUACACAGUACUGGACCUAAAAGAUGCAUUCUUUUGCUUACCCUUGGCCCCCCAGAGCCAGGAACUGUUUGCUUUCGAAUGGAGGGACCCUAAAAGAGGAAUCUCAGGCCAAUUAACCUGGACCCGCUUACCCCAAGGGUUUAAAAACUCCCCCACUCUCUUUGAUGAGGCUCUUCACAGGGACCUAACUGACUUCCAGACUCAACAUCCAGAAGUAACUCUACUCCAAUAUGUGGAUGACCUUCUUCUGGCCGCCCCCACAAAAGAAGCCUGCAUACUAGGUACCAGACAUCUGCUCCGGGAAUUAGGAGAAAAAGGAUACCGGGCAUCCGCCAAGAAGGCCCAGAUUUGCCAAACCAAGGUAACCUACCUGGGGUACAUACUGAGUGAGGGGAAAAGAUGGCUCACCCCUGGGCGAAUAGAAACUGUGGCUCGCAUUCCGCCACCCCAGAGCCCCAGAGAGGUACGUGAAUUCCUGGGAACUGCUGGGUUCUGUCGCUUAUGGAUACCUGGGUUCGCUGAGCUAGCCGCCCCCCUCUAUGCCCUCACGAAAGAGAGUGCACCCUUCACCUGGCAGGAAAAACAUCAGUCAGCCUUUGAGGCCCUAAAAGAGGCCCUCCUUUCCGCCCCGGCUCUCGGGUUGCCAGACACCUCCAAGCCCUUUACCCUCUUCAUAGACGAGAAACAAGGAAUUGCCAAAGGAGUUCUAACCCAAAAACUAGGGCCCUGGAAGAGACCAGUAGCAUACCUGUCCAAAAAGUUGGACCCUGUGGCAGCGGGGUGGCCCCCAUGUCUUCGUAUCAUGGCAGCCACUGCUAUGCUGGUCAAGGACUCUGCCAAAUUAACCCUUGGACAGCCACUAACUGUUAUCACCCCGCAUGCUUUAGAGGCCGUAGUGCGGCAGCCACCGGACCGAUGGAUAACCAACGCACGCCUAACUCACUACCAGGCCCUCCUACUGGACACAGACCGCAUCCAAUUUGGACCUCCGGUUACCUUGAACCCUGCCACAUUGCUACCGGCACCGGAAGACCAACAGAGCGCACACGAUUGCCGGCAAGUACUGGCUGAGACCCAUGGGACACGGGAAGAUCUUAAAGAUCAAGAGCUCCCAGAUGCGGAUCACUCUUGGUAUACGGACGGGAGCAGUUACAUCGACUCAGGUACCCGGAGGGCGGGAGCAGCGGUAGUAGAUGGCCACCACAUCAUAUGGGCACAAUCACUACCUCCUGGCACGUCUGCCCAAAAGGCUGAGCUGAUAGCGCUCACCAAGGCCCUAGAGCUAUCCGAUGGGAAAAAGGCUAACAUAUACACAGAUAGCCGAUAUGCCUUUGCAACGGCUCAUACACAUAAAAGUAUUUAUGAAAGAAGGGGCCUACUAACCUCAGAAGGAAAAGAAAUUAAAAACAAAGCUGAAAUCAUUGCAUUAUUAAAGGCCCUUUUUCUUCCUCGAAGAGUAGCCAUAAUUCAUUGCCCCGGGCAUCAGAAAGGACAAGGCCCAAUUGCAACAGGAAAUAGACAGGCAGACCAAGUAGCCAGGCAAGUCGCUGUGGCAGAAACGUUGACCUUGACCACAAAACUUGAAGAAACCGAUCUUACGACCAACAAAUAUGCUUACACCCCAGAAGACCAGGAAGAGGCAAAGGCCAUAGGGGCUAUACUGAAUCAGGACACUAAAGACUGGAAAAAAAAAGGAAAGAUAGUCCUUCCCCGAAAGGAAGCCCUGGCAAUGAUCCAACAAAUGCACGCCUGGACACAUUUAAGUAAUCGGAAGCUGAAGUCACUGAUUGAAAAAACUGACUUCUUAAUCCCUAAGGCAGGCACCCUCAUAGAACAGGUGACCUCCGCCUGUAAGGUCUGUCAACAGGUAAACGCUGGGGCUACCCGAGUGCCAGAAGGAAAACGGACUCGUGGUAACCGCCCAGGAGUCUAUUAGGAAAUAGACUUUACUGAAGUAAAGCCUCACUAUGCGGGGUAUAAGUACUUAUUAGUGUUUGUAGACACCUUUUCAGGAUGGGUAGAAGCCUACCCCACCCGACAAGAAACGGCACACGUGGUAGCCAAGAAUUUUAGAAGAAAUCUUCCCCAGAUUUGGAUUGGAGACGCCUCCUAUCUAUGGCUUUUCCUUUAUGGGGGACCCCCCCCUUUGUCAACCUUGCUCAAUUCCUUCUCCCCCUCCGAUCCUAAGACUGAUUUACAAGCCCGACUAAAAGGGCUGCAAGCGGUGCAGGCCCAAAUCUGGACACCCCUAGCCGAAUUGUACCGGCCAGGACAUCCACAAACUAGCCACCCAUUUCAGGUGGGGGACUCCGUGUACGUCCGACGGCACCGCUCUCAAGGAUUAGAGCCUCGUUGGAAGGGACCUUACAUCGUCCUGCUGACCACGCCCACCGCCAUAAAGGUUGACGGGAUCGCCGCCUGGAUUCACGCAUCGCACGCCAAGGCAGCCCCAAAAACCCCUGGACCAGAGACUCCCAAAACCUGGAAGCUCCGCCGUUCGGAGAACCCUCUUAAGAUAAGACUCUCCCGUGUCUGA